AUGGACUCGAGCAAGUUCUCCACGUUCUUCGGAAACGUGCCCACAUUCACCAUUCCGGGACGCACCUUUCCCGUAGAGACUUUCUUCUCUAAGAACGUCUGCGAGGAUUACGUCGAUGGAGCCGUGAAACAGGCUCUUCAGAUCCAUCUGCAGCCUGAUGAAGGCGACAUACUCAUAUUCAUGCCUGGUCAAGAGGAUAUUGAAGUAACUUGUGAGGUGUUAACUGAAAGGCUAGCCGAUCUCGACAGCGCCCCACCACUAACAGUGUUGCCAAUUUACUCGCAAUUACCAGCAGAUCUUCAAGCCAAGAUAUUUCAGCGAGCACCACCAGGACAAAGGAAGUGCAUUGUUGCCACGAAUAUCGCAGAAACAUCCUUAACUGUGGACGGCAUAAUGUACGUCAUAGACUCCGGCUACUGCAAACUGAAGGUGUACAACCCGAGGAUCGGUAUGGAUGCCCUUCAGAUCUACCCGGUAAGCCAGGCCAACGCGCGGCAGCGCGCAGGGCGCGCGGGCCGCACGGGCCCAGGCAAGGCCUUCUGCCUGUACACGGAGCGCCAGUUCACGCACGAGUUGCUAGCCGCCACCGUACCCGAGAUCCAGCGAACCAACCUGGCCAACACCGUGCUGCUGCUCAAGUCGCUGGGCGUGCAGGACUUGCUCGCCUUCCACUUCAUGGACCCGCCACCGCAGGACACGAUCCUCAACUCUAUGUACCAGCUAUGGAUCCUGGGAGCUCUGGACGGUACGGGCGCACUGACGCCUUUGGGCCGCCAGAUGGCCGAAUUUCCCCUCGAUCCUCCGCAGUGUCACAUGCUAAUCGUUUCUGCUGAAAUGGGUUGCAGUGCUGAGGUGCUCAUUAUUGUGUCAAUGCUGUCUGUGCCAUCGGUCUUCUACCGGCCUCAAGGUCGCGAGGAGGAAGCGGACUCUGUGAGAGAAAAGUUCCAAGUCCCAGAAUCCGACCAUCUCACUCUACUGCACUUGUACAAUCAGUGGAAAGCUAACAACUACUCGAGCGCAUGGUGCAACGCGCACUUCGUGCACGCGAAGGCGAUGCGCAAGGUGCGCGAGGUGCGGCAGCAGCUGCGCGACAUCCUGCAGCAGCAGCGCCUGCCGCUCGUCUCCUGCGGCACGCGCUGGGACACCGUGCGCGAGUGCAUCUGCUCCGCGUACUUCCAACAAGCGGCCCGCUUGAAGGGUAUCGGAGAGUACGUGAACUGUCGUACAGGGAUGCCUUGCCACUUGCACCCCACUUCGGCUUUGUUUGGGCUGGGCAGCCCGCCGGACUACGUGGUGUACCACGAGCUCACGAUGACCAGCCGCGAGUACAUGCACUGCGUCACUGCGGUAGACGCCAGGUGGCUGGCAGAACUCGGACCCAUGUUCUUCUCGGUCAAGGAAACUGGCAAAUCAAAUCGUGACAAGAAAAAAGAAGCGGCAGUACACCUACAACGAAUGGAGGAAGAGAUGAAGGAAGCAGAGCAGAAGAUGGCCGAAGAGAAGAGAAAGAGAGACGAAGAGGUACCAGUGAAGCAGGAAAUAGCGACGCCGGGGUUAAACACGCCACGACGUACGCCGCACCGACUGGGAUUAUAG